GUGAUGAAGUGCAAGGCAGCUGUAGCCUGGGAGGCUGGGAAACCCUUGUCCAUUGUGGAGGUGACCCCACCGAAGGUCCACAAAGUGCGCAUCAAGGUAACAGCCCCUUCCCUACGCCAAAAAUGUUAUAGGUAUUUUUCCAUUACAUAUAUUAUAAAAGCAUUUAACAAUUAGCAGAAUCAUUAUGGGUUUAAAAGAGGAUUAGUGACUACACCUGUCUAUGAUGUAUGAAACAUAUUUUGUAAUCCAGAUGCAUGACCGGACAACCACAUUGUGACUGCAGUAAUCAAUGUACUAUAUAAUUAUCAUCAGGUGUGUAUGUAUAUUAUUUUUAAAGGAACUGUCUUUAUCAUGCCACCAAUAGCCAGGCAAGAGGACGGGAAACCAAGCAGACAUGGGCAUAGACAGGAAAGAGUCUAGACAAAGAAACCAUAGUGGCUCAAGGUCAAGGGAGGGUGGCUGUUUGGAUAAAGAGGGUGUUCCGAUAUGAUAUGAAAAGAUUAAGCUGUAUAAUAAGAGAGAUCCAAGUCUGGGACUGGCAGUUGCUCCGCGGACCAGCUCGGCUUGUUACUUUGUAAUAAAGUAUAUUCUGAACUCACAAGCUCCAGUUUCUGAGAGAUAUCGUUGAGAAGUAUUUCCACGACAAUGUCUCAGACAAAUGCUCCUGUAUUGUACUUGCACUCCCAUGACAAUUCCAGGAACAGCAUAACCAACAACCCCAGCCUGCAGCAGACCUUUGUUUUGUGUGCAGUAUCUUUGGUUUGUAUGUGUGAUACAAUAUAUCCUCCCCCUAGAAUAAUAUGUCUGAGUUCUUUUGCUCUGUAAAACAAAAGGACAUACUGUUUGAGGCAGGCUGCUUUUCGGUGGGGAUGAACUGUUCAGCUGCUUGAAUACUGUGGGGAGCAUCAAGUGUUGUCCUGUGUUCCUGCCCAAAUGGAUUUAGUGAGCCAGCUGUGAGGAAACCAUCUUUGGAAUGUGUUCAACAGGGCCGAUCUGGUCCAGUGUUUAGAAAACGUAGUUAUGGCAUAUUCUAGGCAUUUUACCAUGUUCCUCUAUUGUACUAGCUAGCUGUCUGUCUUGCAACAUUGAGACACAACCUUGUUUCUAUUAUCCACAUAGCAGGUGCAGUAGUUGGUAUUGUAGGAAUAGUCCUAGAGGGUUGGGACUUGGUUGAACCAUUUAGGAUGUUUUAGGCUAGUUGGCACUACAUGCUUCAUAGCUUAUUGGUUGUAUUGAAUGAGAGAACUUAAUUGCAAUGUUGUACGUUUCAGGUCUUUGCGACCGGGGUGUGUCACACGGAUGCCGACCCUGUGGGACUCUUCCCUGUCAUCCUGGGUCAUGAGGGCGCCGGGACGCAUGGGCGAGGGAGUCACCAAGUUCAAGCAAGGUGAAGGACUAUGAAUAUCAACAAAUGUAUUCUCCCUAAAACAGUGUUUUCCUGUCCCUGGGACCCACAGGGGGAACAUGUUUGUUCUAGUCCAGGACUAACACGCCAGAAUCAAAUAAUGCAAUGACUUGAUCAGUUGAAUCAGAUGUUUGCUGAAAGUCUAUUUUCUCUCCCAAGGUGACACCGUCAUCCCAUUGUAUGUGCCACAGUGUGGUGAGUGCAAAUUCUGCAAAAAGACCAACCUCUGCCAGAAGAUCUGGUAAUUAGAAUGCAAUCUCGCAUGUCAUCAAUAAUAGCUUGGAAGGUUGUGGUCAGGAUUAGGGUUGCAAAAUUCAAUAAAUUCCCUGGUUUUCCAGAAAUCCCAGUUGGAGGAUUCUGAAUUUCCUGCUUAUUCCGGGAACCUCCAACUGGGACCUCUGGAAAAUCAGGGCAUUUAUUUACAGUUCCUGGCAUUAUGCAACCGUAGUCAGGAUCAUUCAUUAUUGACUCCCCAUUUUCAGUCAGCCAAGUAGGCAGUGAGCAUAUCUAUAAUGAUAGUAUGAUUAAUCUCAGCAAUAGUAGGACAGUAUUCUACUCCAGUCUUGGGAUUGCAGUUGGCGCUGUGCAAGUGAAGAAGCAACCAGGGUUGCAAACACCAACAUUGCAACUUAAACCAAAUCAAGGCCAAAUUCUGUCAGGCAGGUAGCCUAGCGGUUAAGAGCGUUGGGCCAGUAACCGAAAGGUCGCUGGUUUGAAUCCCUGAGCAGACUAGGUGAAAAUAAAUCUCUGUACCCGUGAGCAAGGCACUUAACCCUAAUUGUUUCUGUAAGUCGCUCUGGAUAAGAGUGUCUGCUAAAUGACAAAAUACAUGAAUGAAAUAGCCUCCAAAAUAGUUGGCUAAAGCAUAUAGAGAUCACUGGCUGUUAUCCUUGCCUGUUACUGAUCAUCAUCCUUCAUCUCAUCAGGAUAACCAUGGGUCGGGGUUUGAUGCCUGACAACACCUCGCGGUUCACCUGCAAGGGCAAGCAGCUGUUUCACUUCAUGGGGACUAGCACCUUCUCCGAGUUCACUGUGGUAGCCGACAUUCCAAGGUGGAUGAGAAGGCCCCCCUGGACAAGGUGUGCCUGCUGGGCUGCGGCAUCUCCACGAGCUACGGAGCUGCCCUCAACACUGCCAAGGUGGGUGGGUGAUGCCAGGCUGCAAGACAAAAUACCCUGUCUAGAAGUGGAAAGCACAAGCAAAGAGCCACAGCUUUAUUGUCAUUUGGUUCUAUCUUUUUAUGUUUUAUUUCCUGUGAAUUAACUUUCCACUGGUGCAAAUACUUAAUCUAUUAAUUUGCUUUCCUAAAUUUGCUAUGAUCAUGAUAACACACAUCUUACACAACAAUUAUAUCAUCAUUUUACUGACAAAAGCCAUUCUGUAACUGGUUUUAUCAACCUACUCUCACAGGUACCUACCUACAGGUUGAGCCUGGCUCCACCUGUGCUAUUUUCGGCAUGGGUGCCGUCGGCCUUGCCGUCAUCAUGGGCUGCAAAGUUGACAGGGUGACCAGGAUCAUCGGCAUGGACAUCAACCGGGACAAGUUUGACAAGGCCAAGGAGUUUGGGGCCACUGAGUUUGUGAACCCCAAGGAACACAGCAAACCUAUUCAGGAGGUGCUAGUGGUGAUGACCGACGGAGGGUUUGACUACUCCUGUGAAUGCAUUGGUGACGUGGGAAUCAUGGUAAGACUGGUCAGGGGGAGUGGAAAAAGCAGCUUGGGCUAGAGCAUCCAGUCCUAGUUCUGUACUGAGCUCAGGGGGCUGUUCAGAAUGUUUAGAUAUCCAUGUCGUCAGUGGCACAUUUCUAACAUACAGCUGGCGGGAUAUACGCUACAUCGGCAGGAUAGAACGGCUGACUCCGGUAAGACAAGGGGUGGCAGUCUGUGUAUAUUUGUAAACAAAAGCAGGUGCACGAAAUCUAAUAUUAAGGAAGUCUCAAGGUUUUGCUUGCCUGAGGUAGAGUAUCUCAUGAUAAGCUGUAGACUACACAAUUUACCAAUAUAUUUUUUAUGUAUAUUUUUCUUAGCUGUCUAUUUACCACCACAAACCGAUGCUGGCACUAAGACUGCACUCAGUGAGCUGUAUAAGGCCAUAAACAAACAGGAAAACACUCAUCCAGAUGCAGCGCUCCUAGUGGCCGGGGACUUUAAUGCAGGGAAACUUAAAUCCGUUCUACCUAAUUUCUACCAGCAUGUUAAAUGUGCAACCAGAGGGAAAAAAAAAAAACUCUAGACCACCUUUACUCCACACACAGAGACCCGUACAAAGCUCUCUCUCGCCCUCCAUUUGGCAAAUCUGACCAUAAUUCUAUCUUCCUGAUUCCUGCUUAUAAGCAAAAACUAAAGCAGGAAGCACCAGUGACUCGGUUAAUAAGGAAGUGGUCAGAUGACGCAGAUGCUAAGCUAUAGGACUAUUUUGCUAGCACAGACUGGAAUAUGUUCUGGGAUUCUUUCGAUGGCAUUGAGGAGUACACCACAUCAGUCACUGGCUUCAUCAAUAAGUGCAUCGACGACGUCGUCACCACAGUGACUGUACAUAUAUACCCCAACCAGAAGCCAUGAUUUACUGGCAACAUCCACACUGAGCUAAAGGGUAGAGCUGCCGCUUUCAAGGAGCGAACCAUCAAACAGGCAAAGAGUCAAUACAGGACUAAGAUUGAAUCGUACUACACCGGCUCCGACGCUCGUCGGAUGUGGCAGGGCUUGAAAACUAUUACAGACUACAAAAGGAAGCACAGCCACGAGCUGCCCAGUGACACGAGCCUACCAGACGAGUUAAAUCACUUCUAUGCUCCCUUCGAGGCAAGUAACACUGAAGCAUGCAUGAGAGCAUCAGCUGUUCCGGAUGACUGUGUUAUCACGCUCUCCGUAGCCGAUGUGAGUAAGACCUUUUAAACAGGUCAAGGCAUUCACAAGGCCGCAGGGCCAGGCGGAUUAUGAGCCACGAGCAUGCGCUGACCAACUGGCAAGUGUCUUCACUGACAUUUUCAACAUGUCCCUGACUGAGUCUGUAAUACCAACAUGUUUCAAGCCCUUUCUAGUCCCUGUGCCCAAAAACACGAACAUAACCUGCCUAAAUGACUCACGUCUGUAGCCAUGAAGUGCUUUGAAAGGCUGGUCAUGGCUCACAUCAACACCAUUAUCCCAGAAACCCUAGACCCACUCCAAUUUGCAUACCUCCCCAACAGAUCCACAGAUGAUGCAAUCUCUAUUGCACUCCACACUGUCCUUUCCCACCUGGACAAGAGGAACACCUACGUGAGAAUGCUAUUCAUUGACUACAGCUCAGCGUUCAACACCAUAGUGCCCUCAAAGCUCAUCACUAAGCUAAGGACCCUGGGACUAAACACCUUUCUCAGCAACUGGAUCCUGGACUUCCUGACAGGCCACCCCCAGGUGGUAAGGUUAGGUAACAACACAUCUGCCACGCUGAUCCUUAACACGAGGGCCCCUCAGGGGUGCAUGCUCAGUUCCCUCCUGUACUUCCUGUUCACCCAUGACUGCAUGGCCAGGCAUGACUCCAACACCAUCAUUUAAGUUUGCAGAUGACACAACAGUGGUAGGCCUGAUCACUGACAACAAUGAGACAGCCUAUAGGGUGGAGGUCAGAGACCUGGCCGUGUGGUGCCAGGAUAACAACCUCUCCCUCAACGUGAUCAAGACAAAGGAGAUGAUUGUGGACUAAGCACGCUCCCAUUCUCAUCGACUGGGCUGUAGUGGAACAGGUUGAGGGCUUCGAGUUCCUUGGUGUCCACAUCACCAACAAACUAUCAUGGUCCAAACACGCCAAGACAGUUGUGAAGAGGGCCCGACAAAGCUUAUCCCCCCUCAGGAGACUGAAAAGAUUUGGCAUGGGUCCUCAGAUCCUCAGAAAGUUCUACAGCUGCACCAUUGAGAGCAUCCUGAUUGGUUGCAUCACCGCCUGGUAUGGCAACUGCUCUGCCUCCGACUGCAAGGCACUACGGAGGGUAGUGCGUACGGCCCAGUACAUCACUGGGUCCAUGCUUUCUGCCAUCCAGGACCUCUAUACCAGGCGGUGUCAGAGGAAGGCCCUUUAAAAUUGUCAAAGACUCCUGCCACCCUGGUCAUAGACUGUUCUCUAUGCUACCGAACGGCAAGCGGUACUGGAGCGCCAAGUCUAGUUCCAAAAGGCUUCUUAAUAGCUUCUACCCCCAAGCCAUAAGACUCCUGAACAGCUAAUCAUGGCUACCCGGUCUAUUUGCAUUGCCCCCCACCCCCUCUUUUACGCUUCUGCUACUCUGUUUAUUAUCUAUGCAUAGUCACUUUAACUCUACCCACAUGUACAUAUUACCUCAAUGACCUUGACUAACCGGUGCCCCCGCACAUUGACUCUGUACCAGUACCCCCUGUAUAUACUGUUAUUUAAUUUUACUGCUGCUGUUUAAUUAUUUGUUAUUUUUUACUUAACACUUUUUUUCCCCCUACUCUUCACCAACAGAGGUCACUGUAGUUGGCACUUCAGGCUUGGACCACAACAGCAAAAUACCUUUGACUUUACUACAUUUCCCCCCAAAAUACCUGUCUUCUGAUGAUACUCAAUUUGUUGUUUCAGAGGGCGGCUCUGGAGGCGUGCCACAAAGGCUGGGGCUAGAGCAUCAUCAUCGGGGUGGCAGGUGUGGGACAGGAGAUCUCCACACGUCAAUUCCAGCUGGUUACUGGCCUGUGUGGAGGGGCACAGCAUUCGGAGGUCAUUGUCGUGGAUGAUUUUGAUGAGGAACCUUGACUUUUCUGACGUCAAUAUAUUUUUCACUGCAAAGUCACCUACUUUUGAUUAAUGAGCAGCAAUGUGGCACUAGUUAUAAUAUUAGUAAUUAAAAAAUACACUUUUUUUGGAAGUAUGGUAAUGCAUAGAUUACUCAUGUUUUCCUGUUCCCCUAUCCCAGGCUGAAAGAGUGUGGAGAGCGUCCCCAAACUAGUGACCGACUACAUGAACAAGAAGCUGAAGGCGGAUGAGUUUGUGACCCAUACCUUGCCCUUUGACCAGAUCAAUGAGGGCUUUGACCUCCUGCAUGCCGGAAAGAGGUGAAUAGAUCAAGUGUUGCAUCAUAUAACAUCAAUUAAUGAUGUUAGUCUAUUCACAUCUUUGUCAAAUUGAAAAUAGUUUCCAACACAGUUUAUUAAAGGCCUUUUAAAGUUGCAUGCUAAUUUGUGUAUUCCAGGAUCCGUGCCAUCCUGAAGUUCUGA